AUGUCCCAUAGAAAGCAAGUAAUCGACUUGUACAAAACGUUGCUACAUUUAGGUAAAGAAUAUCCCUCGGGCUACGAGUACUUUAGGAGUAGAUUGCAUAACGCCUUCAUGAAAAAUAAAGAUGUAACUGAUUCGGAAAAAAUAGAGAAAAUGAUUGGCCAUGGACAAUAUAUUGUUAAAGAGGUGGAAGCUCUUUAUAUGCUCAAAAAAUAUAGAACCCUCAAGAGGAGGUAUUAUAGGGACAACCAAUAGGAUGUUUGAUAAUGUUGUAAAAUACCUUAAGUAGAAUACUUCAGGAUCUUCUGAACAAUAAAUAUAGAAAAUAUUACACACUACUAACAGAGAUGGAUACUGAAAAAUUAAGUGUGCUCCAAUGCUAUAACUAUAUGGUGCUGGCAU